AUGGCCGCUGCAGUUGACGGCAACACAAGUGCCACAGAAGAACCCGCAUCGCAACCAGCCGAAUUCCCGGACGCGAGAGACGACAGCGACUUGGGCGACCCCCAAGACCCCGACGAUUCAGAUUACUAUGACAGCACUCACGUUUUCCACUACCAGGGUCUAUACAGCUUGAUCGAGUCGCACAACAGACCAUAUGUCUCGGACACUCGAGAUGCAGCCCCGUACAACGACAUCCCGACGCGAUCCCAGCACAAUGCCAUGCAGAGGGCGGCAUGGCGCGAGCUGGAAAACCAGGCGCUGGUGGAUCCCUCAAUACCGGAGGCAUUAUUCAACCCACCAAGAACUUCCGUGAGGGUUCUGGUGGCCGCAUGGCCGCGACGUCAACACUUUUGCUGUGCAUGCGACCUGCCGGAGGAUUUGCCCACCGUCGUCGUGAGAGCACCAGCAGGCUCGGAGACUGGCGUCACCAAGGGUCUACUAUUGCAGAAGCUCGGCGAAGCUCUGUACGGGCGGGAUGCUGCCACGGCACAAUUAGGAGGAGAACAAGAAAACACUGAUGAUGGUCAUGUCAUUGGCCAGGAGACGGAUCGCCCCGUCGUUCAACAUUUCACACAUAUGGAGCGGGACUCUUAUCUUCUUGGUACCGGCGCGUGCCUUCUCUUCGGUAUUCCACGCGUGGUUGUCGGCGAGAACAAGAGUUGGCUUGGUGGCGAGGAAUACCUGAAGAAAAGGGGAGUCGAAGUUGUCGUCAUGGAUGAUAAGAAUUGCAUCGAGCUGAUGGAAAAGUUCAUACGAGAGAAGCCCGAUAUUUGGUAA